AGAAAGAGUAGCCCUUGCGGGAGGCGGGGGAGGGCGCGCGCUCUCGGGACACGAGGCUCGCGCUCGUUUUGCGCCGCCUCUUUGUGCGCAUGCGCCAAACUCAAUUGAGGGGCACCAGAGUCAGUAGGAAUGAUAUGACAGAAAAUACAGACGCCUGUCUUCAGAGGAGCAGCUCUGUAGCUCUCCCUAGCCUUGGACAAGAAUGCCUUAUCGUGUUCCAGCCUUGAUUAGCGUUGAAAGGCCUUGCAGCUUCCUGCCUGGGGGAAUACUUUGUUGGGUGGUGUUAGCUGGCCCUGAUUGUUUCCUGUCUGGAAAUCCCCUGUUUUCUUAGUGUUGUUCUUUAUUUACUAUCCUGAUUUUAGAGGGGUUUUUUUAUUACCGGUAGCCAGAUUUUGUUCAUUUCCAUGGUUUCCUCCUUUCUCUCAGAAGUUAUUUCUCCCACCCUGGACAUUAUUCCACAGAUACUGUAUAUAAACCUCCCUUGCCUAGUUUCCAACAGACCUCACAACCUCAGACGGUGCCUGCCAUAGAUGUGGGUGAAACAUCAGGAGAAAAUGCUUCUGGAACAUGGCCAUACAGCCCCGAAAACUCACAGCAACCCAGUGAUUCCGGCAAUGAAAGCCUUCGGCAACACAUUAGGUGAUCUGUGGCUCUAUGGGAUGUGUAGUUACAUGAAGCAUCAUGAAGAGAUGCUUCAUGAAGGGAAGGCUGAGAGAAGACAUGAUAGCCAUGUAUAAAUAUGUGAGGGUAGGCAAGUCAUAGAGAGGAGGGAGCAAACUUGUUUUCUGCCGCCUUGGAGACUUGGAUGCGGAACAAUGGCUUCAAACUACAGGAAAGGAGAUUCCAACUGAACAUCAGGAAGAACUUCCUCAUUGUGAGAGCUGUUCAGCAGUGGAACUCUGUCUCGGAGUGUGAUGGGGGCUCCUUCUUUGGAAGUUUUUAAGCAGAGGCUGGAUGGUACUCUGUUGAGGGUGCUUUGAAUGUGAUUUUCCUGCUUGGCAGGGGGUUGGACUGGGUGGCUCACAAGGUCUCUUCCAACUCUAUGAUUCUAUGAUUAGCAUUCUUUGGCAGAGAAGGCUAUAUAGGCCUUUUAUGACUACAACUCCCAUAGUACCCCAACAUUGAGCCACCUCUGUUAAAGUGCUGUCAAACUCAUUAAUUCUCAUUAAGAUCAUCUUUCAGCCUGGGCAUAAUGACUGAGGCUGACAGGAAUUGCAAUCCAGCAGCUUUGAAAAGCCAACAAACGCCCAUUUCUUGGUGUCUGUAUCUUCAGGCACCUGUUGACUUAUAAUGAUCCCAUACAUUUCAUAGGCAAGGAAUACUCAGAGGUGGUUUUGCCUGAUCUGACUGCCAACAGUAGUAAAUUAAAGAAUUUCUUGCUAUAAUGUCCUUUUCAACUUGUGAAAUCUGUCAAAUUCACCAGAGUCAUGGUGGAGGGUGUGACCAUUGUUGUUACUGCUGUUAUAGUUUCUGCAUACGUUUCCUUCUGAGUUGAAAAUGUUCAUGAAAAGCUUCUUUGCCUUCAAGUCAUCUGUCAGCUUAUGCAUUUCUUAAAGAGUUUUUUUUUGGGGGGGGGGGGGCGGGGUAACAUAGUGUAAAAAACAACAGCCAUAUUUUAAAAAGGCAACAGUCACUUUAAAAGUUCAUUCCAACAUCUGUAUUAAUAUGGAGAUCAGGAGGCCUCAUAAAUAUAUCACAGCUUCAACCCAGAAUGCAUUUCUGAAGUUCUUGAUUAGGAGGGGCAGCAUUAGUAAGUUUACUAUGAUUUGUGCAAUCUGUAACAAAGGUUUGUUUGAAAUAGUUGGGGGAAAUGCUAGACAACACAAUUUUAAUGCUAUAAUAUUAGAAUAUUUAUACUAUUACAUUAGACUCUCAGGGUCUUCCACACAGCCAUAUAACCCAGAAUAUCUAGGCAGAAAAUCCCACAAUAUCUGCUUUGAACUAGGUUAUCUGAGUCUACACUGCCAUAUAUUCCAGUUCAAAGCAGAUAAUGUGGGAUUUUAUUCAGCUGUGUGGAAGGGGCCUCUGUUAACUGGCACCCAUAGGGAUUAGUAGAUGCUGGAUAAAUGUGGUUUCUGGUUGCUCAAGAGUUACUAUUGAAAAUAGCCCUAACUAAUUAUAUAUCCCAAGAGCCCCCAAUGACACAGCAGAUUAAACAGUUGAGCUGCUGAACUUACUGACUAAAAGGUUGGCGGUUCGAAUCCGGGGAGGGGGGUAAGCUCCUGAUGUUAGCCCCAGCUUCUGCCAACCUUGCAGUUCAAAAACAUGCAAAUGUGAGUAGAUCAAUAAGUACUACCUCUCCAGCGGGAAGGUAAUGGUGCUCCAUGCAGUCAUACUGGCCACAUGACCUUGGAGGUGCCUACAGACAAUGCCAGCUCUUCAGUUUAGAAAUGGGGAUGAGCACCAACCCCCCAGAGUCGGACGAGACUAGACUUAAUGUCAAGGAGAAAAUCUUUACCUUUACUUUAAUGCUAUAUCCCAUACUUUACCAUUCCAUAAAAUUUAUAUUGGCUUCAUACUAAUAUUAAAAUACAGUGAUUAAAAGCAAAUUAAGGCAAAUAAGAACAAACUUAGCUUAAUGUAAUGUUUUGAUGCUAAACAUGGGUUAGUGCAAACAGCACUGACAUAUACAAAUUCAACUUCAAAACAAACAUACAGAACCUAGCUUGUUUGUAACUUGGGGACUGCCUGUAUAUCAUUUGCCAUUCUUUCAUCAGCGGCAAAGUGUCUUGAACCAGCCUUGACAAGGAAGUAACAUUCCUAAGGUCUACUGUACCUUUGGUUACAUGUCAUCUAUGCUACAGGGAAGGUGAGGCCAAAUAUUAAGGUAUUUAGAGACACAACUGGUCAAACAAGCACAACAAAGUCUUAAUCCUCAAUAAAUAUUUUGAUUCAGAGGAAUGAUCUGACCUCUCUGUUGCACCAAGCAUAACAGCUCUUUAAAGACUAGCAUAAAUUUGUGGGUUUAAUGUCACUUCAUUACAUCUUCAUUUAGUAUAUUCUACUCCACUAAAGCUUGUGUGCAUAUGUCAAAGUGGUCUAUUGACAUAUGGCAGGCCUGCACUACUUGGCAAUAGUAAGGGGCCAAAUUAAAUAGGCUAAAUUAAAACCUCUUUGGGCUGCAGAUAGGAUUUUAGUGCCUCACUCCAGGUUUGUGAGAGGGUGCCUUUCCCUAAGAGCAAGCAGUGAAGUGGUUUUUUUUGGAAUGUUUGGAUUGCUCCUUAUGCAGGUUGAGUAUUCCUUAUCUGAAGUGCUUGGGACCAGAAGUGUUUUGGAUUUUGGGGAUUUUUGGCAUACUCGUAUUUGUGGUAUGUACCUUAAUAAUGUAUCUUGGAGAUGAGUCUCAUGCCUAAAUUUAUUUGUUUCAGGUGACGUUACACACAUUUUGUAGAACGUCGAUUGAAGGUAAAUUUAUAUGAUAUUUAUAUUUUGUGUAUGAAACAAAAUUUGUGUACAUUGAACCAUUGGGAAGCAAAGGUGUCACUAUCUCAACCAGACGUGUAAAAUAUUGGAUUUUGGAAUGUUUUGUAUUUCAGAAUUCUUAGUAAAGGAUGCUCAGGUUCUACUAAUCUCCCAACCUCUCUUGAUUUUAUUGGAAGCAUCAUUCAGCUGUUCAGCAGUGGAACUCUGCCCCGGAGUGUGGUGGAGGCUUCUUCUUUGGAAGCCUUUAAGUAGAUGCUGAUGGCCAUCUGCUGGGAGUGCUUUGAAUGUGAUUUUCUUGCUUCUUGGCAGAGGGUUGGACUGGAUGGCCCAUGAGGUCUCUUCCAACUCUAUGAUUCUAUGUUUAGAUGUUUAUUUGAUUUGGGUAGCAAAUUUAAGAGUUCAUUUUACAUAUUAAAGUUAGAUUGUGCUUUGGAUUUAUUUAUGUAUUUAUUUACUGUACUUUUACCCUGCCUUUCUCAAUACUGCCUUUCUCACAACAUGGCAACAAUUCAAUGCCUUUAAAAACAAAGUACAAAAAACAACAAUUUAAAAAGUAAAUAAUUAAAAUACAAUUAAAACCAUUAACAUUUAACUUUGAACAGCAGAGUAAAUUACGAUCCAUAGGCAUUGUCUGGGCUGUUCCAUUGGUCAGUUCCAUAUCUUUCAUAUCUAUUACUGCACCAGAUUUCUGAAGGCUUGGUCAAAGAGCCAUAUCUUCACUUUUUUGCAGAAGAUCAGGAAGGAGGGGGCUGAUAUAAUCUCCCUGGGGAGGGAGUUCCAUAGCCGAGGAGCCACCACCGAGAAAGCCCAAUCUCCCGUCCCCACCAGUUGUGCCUGUGAAGAGGGCAGGACCAAGAACAGGGCCUCCCCAGAUGAUCUCAGACUCCGAGAUGGUUCAUAGAGGAAGAUACAUUCAGACAGAUUUUUAUAAAGUUAUUUCUUCCUCGGUCCAUGGCUGUGAAAUGUAAAACUUGCACUGGAAAGCUUUAAAAGAAAACACCAAUCUUGCAUCAUGUUUCUGACACAGUUCCUUUCUAGGCAUACUCAUCUAUGGAAAUCUUUAGCAGUGAGCAGUCUGGGAGGAAUGAUGUCUAAGUAUCCUAAAUAUUGCUGGAUAGAUCAUUUGAGAAGGAUCUCUCUUCACUGUGGGAAAUGUUCUUCUACUAAAAUAGUUCUUGGGAUAGAAACUAGCUGUGAUGAUACAGGAGCUGCUGUGGUCGAUGAAACUGGCAACAUUUUAGGAGAAGCACUACAUUCUCAAAAUGAAGUUCAUUUAAAGACAGGCGGAAUUAUUCCUCCAGUAGCACGACAGCUUCACCAAGAAAACAUUGAGAGGAUAGUACAACAAGCACUUUCUCUCAGUGGAGUUUGUGUGGAUGAGCUCUCUGCUGUUGCAACAACUGUGAAACCAGGGCUUGCUCUGAGCCUUGGAGUUGGGUUGGACUACAGUCUAGAACUGGUGCAGAAAUACAAGAAGCCCUUCAUCCCCAUCCAUCAUAUGGAGGCACAUGCGCUGACUGUUAGACUGACCGACCCUGUAGAGUUUCCAUUCCUGGUCCUUUUGCUGUCUGGGGGUCAUUGUAUAUUGGCAGUAGCACAAGGAGUGGCAGAUUUCCUUCUCCUUGGACAGACUUUGGACAUUGCACCAGGGGACAUGCUGGAUAAGAUAUCGAGAAGACUUUUUUUACAGAAACACCCAAAUUGCUCUGGUCUGAGUGGUGGAAAAGCAAUAGAAAAACUGGCCCAACAGGGAAAUGGACUGCAUUAUAAAUUCAAAAUUCCUAUGGAGAGGCACGCUGAUUGCAACUUCUCCUUUGCUGGUCUUCAAAGCCAAGUUACUAGAAUGAUUGAACAGAAAGAAAGGACAGAAGGCCUUCAGGAAGGUCAGCUACUGUCCUGUGUCUCAGACCUUGCUGCUGCAGUCCAGUAUACAGUCACUGCUCACAUUGCUAAGAGAACGCACCGGGCCAUCCUCUUCUGCAGAAGGAAGUGUAUCCUACCACAAAAGAGAGCAACUUUGGUAGUUUCAGGAGGUGUUGCAAGUAAUCAGUACAUUCGCAAAGCUCUGCAGAUCGUAGGAAAUGCCACUGACACCAACGUGAUAUGUCCUCCACCAAGGCUGUGCACUGACAAUGGUGUCAUGAUUGCAUGGAAUGGUAUUGAAAGGCUUUCUGCAGGAUUGGGUAUUUUUCAUAAUACAGAAGGCAUAAGAUAUGAACCAAAAGCACCUCUUGGAAUUGAUAUCUCGGACCAAGUCAAAGAAGCCUCAAUACGAGUACCAACACUAGAUUUUACAUCUGAUAUUCUGAAAUACUAGUGAAAAUUGAAAGUUUUCGCCAUCAAAUGGAUUGACAAGAAUUUUCUAUCAGUUACAUUCAACCUUAUAACCUUUCUAAUAUACAGUUGGGAUAUUUCAUAGUAUCGUAGAGGCCUAUUUUGGGUCUCCCAAAUGAAACGAUGAAAUAUCACAAACACAAAAAAAGUCUCUUCUAAACAUUAGAAGUCACUUCCAAAUAUGGCACCGCCUCUCCUCUCUCGUGGCUUGCUGCCUUCAGUUGAUCAAGUGCAAGUUAAAGAUAUAUUGCACUUUAAUCUACCUCUAGGAAGGAAAAUUCACUCCUGGAAGAGUUAUUAUCAUGGGGAAAAGGUAUCUCCACUGAAGCUUUAUCACCAAUCCUUGUUUCCACAACAAGCCAAAUCUUUCAAAAUCCAAUUAUCACCAGGACAGAAAGUGAAGCGAAAUCUUCUGAACAGGGGCACAGAAGCAAAACAAACAUCACAGCGAUGUUAACCCUUCCCUAUACUAUCUGGAGUUACACUUGAAAAAUGUACCUGUUCCGACUUGCAUACAAAUUCAACUGAAGAACAAACCUACAAAACCUAUCUUGUUUAUAACUUGGGACUGCCUGUAUAUUGUAAUGUGGUACCUACCAUGUAGGUAGAGGUAUUGCUUCAUUUGUAUGAUGUAUAUAGUGCAGUAAUUCUGCAUGCAGACCCACACCAGGCUGAGUCACUCUGAAUUACAUCAAUGUUGAGAUCCACCAUUGUUCUGCUAAGGUCUUGGCAUUUUUGUUAUAUCAGUAUGGUGUUGGGGAUAUACACACUUCUCCCCUCCUCUUGGGGUGUAGCAACAUGUGACAGUCUGACACCACUUUAUAAGCCAUGGCUGAAUGCUAUGGAAUCUUGUUUCACAAAAUCUCGAGCCUUCUCUGGCUAAGAGUGCUGGUGCCUCACCACACUACAAUGAAGCCAUGCCAGUUCAGGUGGUGUCAUACUGCAUUGAUUUUGUAGUGUAGAUGCACCCCAUGAGGCACAGAGCGAUUCAGUGGUAAGUGGAGAAGGGAGCUUGUUAUACAUAAGAAUCCUGUUCUUUCCAUGAACAUUAAGAUUAAUGGUAAUGACCCAGCUUUGUUUCCAGAUUGAGUCUGAUGCUUCUACAAGAAGGUACAAAAGACACAUUUUAUGCGAACCUUUGAAAUAUAGCCUCUAAACAUGGUAAAGGUUGAAAUUGCCAUAAUCUUGCAUUAUUUGGCUCAUUUAAAUCCAUUUAUGUUCACAGUUUAAUAAUAUUCUCACCUACUAAAAUUAGUCAAACUUAGAAGUGCUUAACUUUGCCCAGAUGGUGUCAUAAAUCUUUACAUCUGUGUUAAUGGGGAAAGUUAUCACAAUCUUAUUGGCUGAAGUUUAAUAAAUCUGAUGUGCCCACACAAUUUUAUAAUAACCACUCCUCCUAAUAUUAAAACUAUUUAAAAGUGUAUACGAAUGGUUUGAUUAUCCUACAUUGGUUUUGUUGUGCUUAGUGGAAAUGAGAUUGAUAUUGACAAACUUACUAUGUUUUCUCCAGGGUCAGCUGUGGUUUGAGCAUCGAAAGAACAUCUCGUACCAAAGCAGUAUCUGGUUUGGACAUGGAAAUAGCCAGUAAUUUACUCUGAAGUAGGACAUACAGUCUUUAAUCCAUUUGAUAGUCCCAGAUAGAUUAAUCUCAUUGACUCAAGUGUUGAAUAUUAUAUCAACACUUCAUUGAGUUUGCUCUAGCUGGGACUAGCAAUAAGGUGUAAGCCCCCCCCCCCCCAAUAACUUCAUAUAUGAUUAUAGUCAAAAAGUGUUAAAACAUCAGUAUUAAAAGAUAGUGUGUUUCUGUGCAGCAUGCUAUAAAACAACAUCUCAGCAUUUCCUUCUCUGAAACUACAUGUAAAUUAUUUUUCAUAAAUGUAAUUGCUGAUGUUUUUAUCCUCUACCACUGCAAUAAAUUCUUGCAUUACUAAUAAAUUGAUUUUAUUCAGGA